UUUUUUUUUAAGCGGUGAGUCACCCAACUCAACUCGUACCGAGUCAACUCUAGGGUUUUCCAAAUUGUUACACGAAUUUUUCAUUGAUUGAUUGAGUGUUUAAUUUUCAAAGGAUGAUUCCAGUGUUGGAGAGUUUGGUUUUAGAUUAUAUGUGAUUCUGAUUUUGCCUUGUUGCUUUGAAAAGGUUAGGAAACUUAAUAGCCAGGAAAGAAAGAUGGCUUCUUUCUAUGUUUCUUUGACGUUUGGCUCUCGAAAAGAAUAACGUCUUUGUCAAAUGAACUUAAUUGUUUGUAUUUUGAUGAAUUUUGAAUGAAAAUUUUCCUUCUUUGGUCAUUUUUUCAAAGGAGCCAAACAGACUAUUAGUAAUUUGUCAGAGAAAACUAGGCACUUAUUAUAUGUAUAUAUAUAUAUAUGUGUGUGUGUGUUAUUUUUUAGUGUUUUCUUGUUGAUUUUCUGGGAAAUAUAUGGUUUUUUUUCCUUGCAGUUUGGGAUUGUGCCGGCUGAAUAUUUGGCAUUCGUUUUUUUUGUUUCGGGUAAAUUCGAGUAUCUUAAGAGGGUUUUGUUAUUUAAAAAUUGGAGGUUUGGGUCUCAUGAGAAUUGAUAGGGGAAUGCAGAGAUCGUUUCGCGAGGAGCAGAGGGUGCUGGGCUGGAAGACAUCGUUCAGCCAAGGGAUUGGCGUGACUGUGCCCAAGGCCAGAACGCGUGACAAACCGAUGAGUUGGGUUUUCGUUCUCUAAGUUUUGGGGUUUUGGGUAGGCAGAGAUUGGGUUUCUGUUGAGGACGGGAAAUAUUGUAAUCAAUGACUCGGAUUUUGGUUCAGCGAGGUUCCUCCGGUGGGUCUUCUUCGAACCCCAGCCGUUCUUCUUCUUCUUCUUCUUCCACUUCUGGGUCUUCUGCGUCUCGGGCAGAGGCGCAGGUUGCUACUCCACAGCUUCUUUCAGCUGUGAAAGAUGAGGAAGGUGGAGAGGAGGUUCAAGAACAAGUUAUUGUGGAUGAUCUUGAUCAUUGUGGGAGUGUUGAUGGUAAAGUGGUGAAAAGUGAUGAUCUCAGCUGUCACUCUGAUCCGCAAGAGAAUUCAAGUGAUGAAAUUGGUAAUAGUGAGAAAGUGAGUGGUGAUGAUAUCGCGGGUCCAGAGGAAGGUUUGAGCGAAUCGAGAGUUUCUGAAACAGGGACAGUGGAGGAUGAUGACUCAAGUGGGGAUACUCCGCAGAAUAACAUUGGAAGCUCACAGCCACAGCCACCGCCGCCUCCUGUUCCACCUCCAAAACCUUCUGCUUCAAACUCAAAUUCAAGGAGACUUGUCUCAGGAGGUUCAAAUGCUCCACGAAUUGGUCCAUCUAGAAGAGCCGUUGCGUGGCCUAUCGUUUCAACUAGGACUUCACCAAGCGGGUCACGACCUUCUUCUCCCAGGUCUCAUGGCGAAUGUGAGGGUUACAAUAGUGCUGAUGAGCAAAAUCCUUGUUUUGUAUCCUCAUAUGAUGAUAUUGAAAGAGAACGGCAAUUUGAAAUUGAUGUCAGACGUGCAAAGGGCUUAGAAGUCAAAAGGAUGUUGGAAGAUGGGAAUUGUCUCUUUCGUGCUGUUGCAGAUCAAGUCUAUGGGGACUCUGAAUUAUAUGAUUUGACCAGACAAAUGUGCAUAGAUUAUAUGGAGCGAGAAAGAGAUCACUUUUCUCAGUUUAUUACUGAAGGUUUUACAUCUUAUUGUAAGAGGAAAAGAAGAGACAAGGUUUAUGGAAACAAUGUGGAGAUCCAAGCGAUGUCGGAAAUGUAUAAUCGGCCUAUUCAUAUUUACUCCUAUGGCACAGAGCCUAUCAACAUUUUCCAUGGAAGUUAUAACACCGAUACACCACCCAUACGGCUGAGUUACCACCAUGGGAAUCAUUAUAACUCUCUUGUUGACCCACGUCGAUUAACUAUUGGCGCAGGGCUUGGGUUCAGUUCUCUUCGUGGGACAAAUGUUGACAAAGAUCAAGUCAAGGCUGCUAUUAAAGCUCAACAAGACCAACAGAUUGAUAAUGCACUUCUAGCUGAGGGCCGGUUUUAUUCCGAUCUUGAGCUUACUGAGAAGGAAAUUGAGCGCAUGGUGAUGGAAGCUUCAAGAGCUGAGUACCUUGCAGAUGAUUCUUUUAAGCAACAGAUUGGCCGUAGAGAGUCUUCUACUUCCAACGCAGAGCCAUCAUCUUCUGGAGCUACAGGAUCGUCAGGCAGUGAGACAAAGGUGGAAGGAAGGAGGGACCAUGGUGUGCAGGAUUCAGUCCUUAGCAACAGCAUGCAGAUGGUGUUAUCAAUGGGAUUCAGCUACCUGCAGGUGAUUGAGGCCUACAGCAUUUUCGGGGAAGACGUUGAUUCAAUGGUUUGUUACUUGUUGGAAACGAGCAGCAGCAGCCGGCGCAAAGGCAAGGCAACUGAAUGAGCAUGGCAGCAAGACAGGAAGUCAAAAAGAAUUUGAUGAAAGAUAGAAUGUAUCAACUUCUUUUAUGUGGGAAAAACUGUACUCUUUGUUUAAAGAAAAAGAAAGAGAAAAAGUGACUCGUUACCAAGAAUCCUAUGAAUUUCAAAUAUAUCAGACUCCAAGUCCUAAUCAAUAAAAUGAAUGAUUUAGUUUAA